AUGAGUGCAUUUUCUUACUACUCUUUCUUGAUUUCACCUGAUGUUCUGGGUUUUUAUGGCUUUCUUUCUGAACUUGUAUACAAUGAAACAAUAGAUAUCUCUAAAGGUAGCCUCUUCAUGUUGGAGCAUGUGCAAGUAAUGACCAAGUUGAGGCCCUUUGUCCGCACAUUUCUUAAAGAAGCAAGUGAAAUGUUUGAAAUGUACAUCUACACCAUGGGUGAUCGGCAGUACUCAUUAGAGAUGGCCAGGCUGCUUGAUCCUCAAGGGGAAUACUUCAAAGAUAAGGUAAUUUCUCGAGAUGAUGGGACUCAAAAGAACGUGAAAGAUCUGGAUCUUGUGUUGGGGACAGAAAAUUCUAUCGUAAUUCUUGAUGACAAAGAAGAGGUAUGGCCGAAGUACAGAGAUAAUCUGAUAUUGAUGGAGAGAUACCACUUUUUCAAUUCAAGUUGUCAGGACUUCGGCCUCCAAUGCAAAUCACUUGCUGCAUUGAAUAUUGAUGAGAAUGAAAUUGAUGGUGCGCUUGCCAAAAUACUCGAAGUGCUAAGACAGAUCAACUACAAAUUCUUCGAUGAACUUCAAGGAGAUCUUGUUGAUCGAGAUGUGAGGCAGGUUUUGUCAUCAUUUCGAGGUGAAGUCUUAAGAGGAUGUGUGAUCGUUUUCAGCCUUAAUUUUCAUGGUGACUUGCGAAUACUCAGGAGGAUAGCAGAGCGGUUAGGAGCUACUUGUUUGAAAAAACUUGACCCCACUGUGACACAUGUAAUUGGUACAGAUUUUGUAACUAAGGAGUCCCGGUGGGCCGUGCAAGAGAAGAAGUUUUUGGUUAGUCGUCGUUGGCUAGAGGCUGCAAAUUUCUUUUUGCAAAAGCAGCCUGAGGAGAACUUUCUUGUCAAAAUACACUAGUUUCUGGUAAUUAGUUAAAGAGUUCUGUUACAAGGAUUUUGUGUUUGUGAAGAUGUCUGUGGAAGGAACUGAGUUUCAUUUGAUACGUAGGUCUCACUGAUCUCAUAAUUGGAUUGCUACAUAUGAUAUUCUGAAUGUUUGGAUUUGCUUGCUUCACUCAGGAAUAUUGGAGUUUAGGAUUUUACUCAGUAUAGAGAAAGCCAUUAUUUGUGACAUUUUGUUGUU